AUGACAGACGACGCAGCCAAACAGCUAGCCCGACCGCGCGCCCGUUCCAGCGCCAGCCCCUACAAAGACCGCUGUAAGCUGGGGCAUUCAGCCCGCGGCCGAGAAGAAACAACCCCGCCACUCCCCGGAGCUUCUUGGAGCCAUACCACUUGGUUGGGCGACCAGCCGCCUUUGAGCAGCAGACACCACCACGACCAGAGAGUUGUGUGCGCGCGGCCAGCUGCACAGUCUCGCUUUCUUUUCGUUUCUGCCGCCGCCGACGCAGUUGCAGGCGCAAGUCGCAAAGUCGCUAGCCGCCGAGCUUUGCGAAUCUGGGCUUCGGCUUGGCAGAAAACCCGACAACAAAACAGCAAAAGCAAGGGCACCCGGCGACAGCCCCUGUCCCAUUCGACGCGGCCUAUCGAGCGCAUCUCUCUCGCGCGUCCUCUCUCGUCCUGCGACAGUCGUUGUCAUCCGCUGCUGCCAUCCGGCCGCAGCCCGCCCACAGCCCGCGACGAUGAACACGUCCGUCCCCAACAUCCUCCGGCCAGGAGGGUCGAGAAACACGCCGCUGGGUCUGGCCGACAUCCGACCCCGAGCCGACUAACGACCCUCUCGGACGGCUUCUCGAGCGGCUAUGACCCCGCCAACAGCCAGCCGGGCACCAGCAACUACAUGACGCCCUGGGCCAUGUACGCCUUUGACUGGUGCCGAUGGCCAUCGUCGGGCAACGGAGCCGGCAAGCUGGCCAUUGGCAGCUACCUCGAGGAUGGCCACAACUUUAUUCAAAUCCUCGACACCCACAUCACGCAGACCCCCAUGGACGCCUUCUCGCCCGGCACGUCCAAGUUCUCGAUGGAGUUCACCAAGGUGGCCGAGGCUACGCACACGUAUCCGGUCACGCGGCUGCUCUGGGAGCCGCCGUCGCCGCAGAAGCAGUCAACUGACCUGCUUGCCACGUCGGGCGAUCAUCUCCGGCUCUGGUCGCUGCCGUCUGAUACGCCGUCCGGCGGAACUAGCAGCAGCACCAUCGGUCGCGGCCGGGCUGACGCUCCGCCCACUAAACUCACGCCGCUCGCCCUGCUGUCCAACUCCAAGACGCCCGACCAUACGGCGCCGCUGACCUCGCUCGAUUGGAACACCGUCUCGCCCAGCCUCAUCAUCACGUCCAGCAUCGAUACCACCUGUACCAUCUGGGACAUCCCCUCGCUUACGGCCAAGACCCAGCUCAUCGCCCACGACAAGGAGGUCUAUGAUGUCCGCUUCUGUGCCAACAGCAUGGAUGUCUUUGUCAGCUGUGGCCAGGACGGUAGCGUCCGUAUGUUCGACCUGCGCAGCCUCGAACACAGCACCAUCAUCUAUGAGCCCACCGGCAAAGAUGAAAGGGAUGCCCAAGGCGGCAGGAUAAGUCCCACGCUCGCCCAGCAGACAAUGUCCCAUCCCCCCCCGCUCCUGCGCCUGGCUACGUCCCCUCACGACACCCACCUGCUCGCCACCUUUGCCCAGGACUCAGACGUUAUCCGCAUCCUCGACGUCCGCCAGCCCGGUCAAGCCCUGCUCGAGCUGCGCGGCCACGGCGGCGCCGUCAACUGCGUCGAGUGGUCGCCACACCGCCGCGGCAUGCUAGCUUCGGGCGCCGAUGACUGCCAGGUCCUGAUCUGGGACUUGCUUAACAGCGGCAACACAGCUGCUGCUCCCGUCCCUCCCGGCGUCCCCGCCAACGGAGGCCCACAGCCCGACAACGCGCGCGCACCCGUCGCCGCCUGGCAGUGCGACUAUGAAGUCGGAAACCUCGGCUGGGUUCCCCGGCUGUCAAACAGCGACUACGGCGAAUGGCUGGGCGUCAGCGGCGGUCGGGGCAUCUGGGGCGUGCGCUUCUGA